CUUUCUUUCUUUUUUUUUUUUGUUUUACUUUUUGACAUUAUUGUCAUUUUAUUUAUUUAUUUAUCUGUUCCCUCAAAUUAAACAACAAUGUCUUUAUCAAGUUACGAUAGUGGUUAUUCAUCAGUUGGUCGCCUUGAACAGUUUAGGACACAACAUGAACUUGCUAGAAACUUUUAUGAUGAUGUUGAAUUUUGUCCUCUUCUUGGGUUUGAUGAAGUUGCUGCUCAUCGUACUCGAAUUCAACAAAGAUCACCUUAUUCAUCACCAAGAUCAUCACCUCCUGUAUCAUAUAGUAGUACUCCUUCACCACCAAAACUAAAGGCAAUUCCUAUUAUCAAUCCUGAAAAUAUGACACCAGUAUCAAUUUUACAGCAACGCCAGCAAUUACAUCAUCCUCAACAACAACGAUAUCAACAAGAUUCUCCUCCAUUGGCUCAUUGGCAAGCCUUCCAUGAUCGAUCAUCAUCACCAUCAUCAACGUCAUCAUCCUCUUCCUCUUCAUCCAUCCUUCAUAGCCGUGUUAUUCCCAUCAUCAAUCCAAGUACUGGUCAACCUCUUUUACGUCAAACCAUGUAUGAUGUUACUGUACGAUGAUUCUUCUUUUUCGUACAUUUGUUACCACUUUGAUAUCACCCGCAUUAGUUUUUAUAUAUUCAUCAUUAUAAUGUAUCAUUCCUCCCUUCCUCUUCUUAUUUAUUCUCUAUUGAUUAUUUUGAUUCUUCUUUUUUUUUUGUUACUUUUUCCUCUUCUCAUUCUUUAUUUUGUUCAUUUG